AUAUAUUAGAGCCCCCAGGCGAGGGAGGGUGUCCAUGGCCCCAAAAAUGUGGUUCAUGUUGCAUUAUCUGUAAUUACCUGUAAUUACCUUCAAGUACCUAUACUACGUAAUUAUAAUUAAACAUUAUUUUGGUCUAUAUAUUUUAAUCAAAAAUUUGGUUCAUGGGCCUUCACCUGUUGCAUUAAUUGCCUGUAAUUACCUGUAAUUACCUUUACAACGCAAUUAUAAUUAGACAUUAUGUUUAUAUAUUAGAGCCCACGGAGUGUGUCCGUGGCCCCAAAAAUGUGGUUCAUGGGCCCCCACUUGUUGUGGUAAUAACCUGUAAUUACCUGUAAUUACAGGUAAUUACCUGUACAUUACAUUGUCUUCUACUCUGCUCGAGCAAGGGAAGAAACAAGCCUGCCGGCGGCGAUGGUCGGGCCUGCGGCUCGACCAUUUCUGUCACGCGUUUUGAUGAAGAACAUGACCGAAUGAUGUAGCGGGCCUUCGGCCCGCUUAAAUCCGUCAUCUUUGAGUUUGCCCCAAAGACUUGAGAAAGGGGUGUAACGGGGAAGCACAACCCACCCUUCUGCUUAGAAAACGUUUUUCGGGGGUAGGGGGAGAGUUUCCUUCCUAUUUUGCGGAUUUAGGCCUUUUUCUACAACUUAUUGUUCACUAUGGCAAUUUUUAACUUAUUUUCUUCGAAAAAGACCCUCUAGCGCCCAAACGGUGAGAGAUAGAGCAAAACGGACGAAAUUUUCGCCCAACGAGCGCCCAAGGUUACUUCCAAGUAACCCCGCAAGUAACCCCUUCAAAGAUCAUAUUAAAAAAAUAAUUUUCCCAACUUUUUUGGCCUUUCCUGUUUUCUUCGACCCCCUUUCAGCCCCUUAGGGGUGGCUGGCAGGAUUUGCCGUAGGCGGUUUGUUUUGUGGGAGUGAAUCUUAAGAUCCCCUGAAAAUUUGAAGUCUCCUUCUCCUUCUCUUGUGGAACAGACAGACACACAGACAGACAGACACGAGGUCGUUUGCAUAAGCCCGCUGGAUAGCUUUUUCAAAGCAGAAGGGCGGACUAAAAAGCAGCUACAUGCCGAUAUGAGAAAUUUAUCAACGCUAGAGUGGAGUGCGAAUAAUGACUCCCAUACGUUUACCACUCGAAGCGAAAAUACCACCUUUCAAUAAUAUAUUUUAUUCCCCGCAUUAAAAUAGUGGCAGCGACUAAGGUAGCCCUUGUUUUCUGUGUACUUACUCCAUGUAUUCAUUAUUUCCUGCGUACUCAAGCAAUUACGCAGUAAAUAAUGAAUACAUGGCCAAGUACGCACUAUUUCCUGAAUACAUGGCCAAGUAAGCAGUAAAUACUGAAUGCCUUCAUGUGCGCAGUAUUUCCUGCAUACAUGUAUACACUUGGGUUUCCAGAGAAUUUUGAGAAAAUGGCCCAAACACUGGUAGACGUAGGGCAAAGUGGGAGUGAGGGGGUACACCGACCGUGCCCGCCGCGGAUUGGUUGCCGAGCUGCCAAUCUGCAACUCGUGACGUGCAGCAAAAGGCAGACGUCAUUAGACCAGAAAUGUUGCCGCGAGUAGAAGAGGUACUGAAUACCGACAGAUUGGCCGACACCACCGAUAUGUGAGACGAGCGGUACACCAAGACCCACUACCACGCCAUCACGGUCCACUAUAUUGACAACCGCUGGGAGUUAGUGAACCGCCCUCUUGUGAUCGCGGAGUUUUCCGCAGAGUCGGCUGAGGCGCACAACGUAAGGGGGCACGUCGUGCUGGUUGGACGUUCCUCGCUCUGGCUCCUUUCCUUUGAUCUGGCCUGGCCUGCCCCGCAUUUCCUUGUCUCUUCUCACCUUUCCUAUUUGCUUGAAAAUGGAUCGGUAAGUACUUAGUCAUUUUCAAUGAUUGUGUUUCAUUGUUGAAGGCGUGUGUUUAAAUGAGCUAGGUGUUUUUUUUUUUUUUUUUUUGCCCUAGCACCUGUUGUACUCUGUCUGGCCUCAUGCCGCAUGGUCUCAACGUGGUCCAGGAAUCCUUAAAUCGUUAGUCUAUGGGUUUUAUGCUUUGUUUCCUUAACAACCUUCGCGAAAUGCGUGGGUAUUGGUCGCGAUAUCCUCUUACUUCGCAGGAUCUUAACCUUUGGUCUGGCCACUCAAACCACGCUGAGAGGCUGUAUCGUCUCGGUUCACGUUCCCCUUGUUCGGUUCCAGUUAACUCAUUAGAAGUGAUUAUUCGAUACAGCAAUGCUUUUCUCAAAGGUGGCCCGUUCGCAGUUGUUUUUUUUUUUUUUACUGAUGGACUCUGCUUUUCGAAAGUGGUCCUGCACUUGGCAAACUCGCUGAAGCACGCCGGCCUGACUACCGGCCCGAGUCCAUGCGGUUACGUUUUGCUUCCAGUUAGUGGCUAACUUUCAAGGCAUUUUCCUAGUUCAAUUUGCGGUCUGAAACUGCCAGCUUUGAAAAGAGCUUUACUGCUGUAAUAAUGUGUCAUCCGAAAUUUGAUGGAUAGUUUGGGAGCCACUUGGCUUUUUUGGAAGCAUUAGAAUUCUUUAUUCUAUUUAAAGUAGAUUGUUUCCUAUCUGUUGUCCUGAUUAUUUACUUGACUUAUUUCUUUCACGUCCUCGGCUGCACUGUUAAAAAAAAUCUCGUAACUUAACAAGAAAUUCGUUGUUAAUUUUUAUAGCAAGAGGGUUCAUCGGAUGAUAACAAACAAAUUCAUCCCCAAACACACAACUUGUUUUGAAACAAAGAACUCAUCAUCGAACAAAAUAGUUCAUCCCCAUCUACCAGUCAAUUUAAAAACAAACAAAAAAAUCAUCUUCAAACGACAAAUUAGUUUUGAAACAAAAAGUUCAUCUGCAAACAAAACUUUGUUGUAAAACAAUGAGAGAGAUGAUGAGACUUAUCAUCGGUAGACAAAAUUUUUGCUAUAUAAAUUAACGAGAUAUUUUCUGUUUGAGCACAACACCUCAUCUUGCAUGCCAACCAGCAGCCUUGUUUUAGAAUGAGCUGCACAUCGUUCCCAUGUUCAUCUGUGAACAAUUAUUUUUAACAGUGUGUGCAGUCAAGAUACAUCAAUCUCUGAAGAGGUGCGGAGGAAGCACUUAGCCGCUAUGGCCAUAAUGCACAGAACGCACAGAACCCUACUUCAAGUGAAGCGGCACUAGAUGGCCCUUCAACUGCCAUAUCUGGGGAUGGGUCUCAGCUGAAUUCAGCCAUUUCAGAGAUGGUUGUGGCAACUGCUUAGUCGAGCAGUACCAGUGCCAAUGGCACUGUUGUUAACAACAGCUACAUGCUAAUUGACACUGAGCAGCUGAAGAAUGUUGUGUCUUCUGUUUUGCCUGGGAUUGUUGAAGCAGCGGUUGUUUCCAAGGUGAAGCUGCCUUCGCCAGCAGCUAUGAUGCAACCGUCCACAUCCACUAGUGCCCAAGGAGCGAGCGGAUCUCGAUGCCUUCUAACGACAAAGUCCGAUGUGUUGCGCUCCCGUUACACAAAGUUCGAUCUGUUUCGCUCCCGAUACACAAAGUCCGAUGUGUUGCGCUCCCGUUACACAAAGUUCGAUCUGUUUCGCUCCCGUUACACAAAGUCCGAUCUGUUGCGCUCCCGUUACACAAAGUCCGAUGUGUUGCGCUCCCGUUACACAAAGUUCGAUCUGCUUUUGGCCGCUCUCGGGAGACCCAAGUUUAGAGCGCUACCGCAGUUUUGUUGUUGUGGCCUUCAAUUUUUUCUUUAGAGUAUGUUGUUCUUUAAUCUUUUAGCAACAGACAGCAGCUUUUACUUUUUUUCUACCGGCAAUAUUAGCGAAAAUAUAAACAUAAUAAGACCGCGAUGCAGAGCGCGACGGAAAGCAGAUCGAACUUUGUGUAACGGGAGCGGAACAGAUCGAACUUUGUGUAACGGGAGCGCAACACAUCGGACUUUGUGUAACGGGAGCGAAACAGAUCGAACUUUGUGUAACGGGAGCGGAACAGAUCGGACUUUGUGUAACGGGAGCGAAACAGAUCGAACUUUGUGUAACGGGAGCGCAAUACAUCGGACUUUGUCGUUAGGAGGCAUCGAUCUGAUGUUGUAGAUAUUUCAGAGCUUGUUACAUCUGGUGAAGAAGCUUCAGGUGAAGAAUCUUCCAACACAAACAAUAAUCGUGGCUCUGGAGCAAGGGCAAGAUCUCAACCAUUUUCUGGUUCAGCCUCAAUCCCGAUGCCUGGCCCUUCUAGGACUCGCCAUCCAGCUCGUCUUGCACUGCCUUGUGGUGUUCAAGCUCGCCUGGGCGAAGCGAGUAGUGGUUUCCAGAAACGAGCCAGACCAUCAGCCGCUUUCUCAUCUGAGAGCGACACGCCCUCUUCUGCUAGUUCCCUCCGCAAGAAGAAGUCAAAAUUCGCUGUUGCUCCAUAUUUGGUGAAGCAAAUGAAGUCACUUAUGAAUUUAAUGGGAAGCAAGUCCAAGAAAUCAAACAUCCAGUCUGACUCCUCUGAAUCCGGGGCAUCUUCUGAAGAUGAUGCACCGAAGAAUGACCUCGCUGCUCAGAGCUUGUGCUUCAUGUGCAAGAAGCGUCAGUGCUCCCAAAUAUUAUCCUGCAAGCAUGUGUACUGUGAGCCUUGUAUUAAGAAGCAAAAGGCCUCUAAAAAGGUAUGUAUCAGAUGUGGCCUGAAGUUCAGAUCUUGGGAACCUCUCUAUAUUGGCUAAUUGUAUGUUGACUGUUUCAUUCUCCUUUUCUCUAUUUUUGUAUACUAUCUUACUUAAUUCAUUUCUAUUUAAUAUUUUCAAUGUGUUAUUGUUUGACAUCAUUUCCUAUUGACGGGUUUUGGUUUCUGAAGCCCUCCAUUCGAGUUAAUAUCAUUUGAACUUGAAAUUUGACGUGGUAAAUCUAGAUUUGUUGCUUUUUAACUACUUCAGUUAAUUUUUAUUGUGGUAUGAUUGUUCCUAUCAAUACGAUCUUGGCAUUUGUACUUUUUUCUAUACUCUAUUUUAACCUGUAACCUGGUUAGGGAAACUUCUUUCUUAUGAUGUUUAAUAAAUGAUCAUCCCAGAGUCAA